UAUUUUUGUAAAUUCUUCUCUCGAAAACCACGACUCCAAAUUCUGUUAAACCCUAAUCAACACUGUUACUCACUCUCUGACCUAAUCAAUCUCCAUUGUUGCUUUGCUUCUUCGCAUCAAGACCUAAGCUUUAAGCUCUCUCUCCGAUCACUCCAUGGGUUCCGAUAAGAAGUCGAAGAAGAAGAACAAGCAUUCUCACUCCAACAGCCAUGGCGGCGGACCCGAUGUUAAGCUCAUUACCGACUCUCGAUUCGCUUCCGUACAAUCGGACCCUCGGUUUAAGAGAGCUCCAAAGCAUAAGACGAAGGUGGAGAUUGAUUCGCGUUUCAACCGUAUGUUUACGGAUAAGAGAUUCGCACCGUCUUCUGCUCCGGUGGACAAGCGAGGUAAGCCUAAGAAGCAGAAUUCCGAUAAUUUUUUGAAGAGUUACUAUCGAGUUGAAGAAAAUAAAGAAGAGGAAGAAGAAGAGGAAGAGAGGAAAGGUGAGGCUGUGGUGAAACUCGGUGGAGAUGAAUCGGAGACUGAGCAGAGUGGUGAGUCGGAUGCUUCUGAAUCGGAGGAGGAGGAUGACGAUGACGUGGUGAGUUGGGAAUCGGAUGCUUCCAUUGAUACCGAUGAUGAUGAUGAUGAAGAGCUUAAUGUUGAGUACGAGCCUGAGGAACCGGAGGAACAUGUACCUGAAAUCGAAAAAGAAACUCAUAGGCUUGCUGUUGUUAACAUGGAUUGGAGACAUGUUAAGGCUGUUGACUUGUUCAUGAUGUUGAGCUCCUUUCUUCCUAAAGAUGGACAUAUGGUAUCCGUAACUGUUUACCCAUCUGAAUUCGGUAUUCAGCGUAUGAAAGAGGAGGAAAUUCAUGGUCCUGUUGCCCUCUUUGAUGGUGAGAAUGAGAAAAAUGGUGAAGAUGAUGACGAUGACGAUGAUGACAAUGAUGAUGAGUUGGACAAUGAAAAAUUGCGUGCUUAUGAGAAGAGCAGGCUAAGGUAUUACUUUGCUGUGGUGGAAUGUGACUCAGUUGCUACAGCAGAUUACCUCUACAAAGCUUGUGAUGGGGUUGAGUUUGAAAGAUCAUCGAAUGUACUUGAUUUAAGGUUCAUUCCUGAUUCGAUGGAAUUUAAACACCCACCCCGUGAUGUUGCAACAGAGGUCCCUGCAAACUAUGAGGGUUUGAAUUUCCAAACUAAAGCUCUCCAACUCAGUAAUAUCAAUCUUUCUUGGGAUGAGGAUGAACCGGAUCGUGUAAAAACCCUGAAAAGAAAAUUUGAUGCCGAUCAGCUAGCAGAAUUAGAGUUGAAGGAGUUUCUUGCUUCUGAUGACAGUGAAAGCGAUGAAGAAGGUGAGGACGAAGAAGGUGAGGGUAAGAGUGAUAAAAAACAGAAAAAGCGAGAUAUGUACCGAGCUUUACUUGGGUCUGGUAACGGUUCGGAUGGAGAUGAGGAAGAGGAUGAUGAUGAUCAGGACAUGGAACUCACUUUCAAUACAGGAUUGGAAGAUAUAAGCAAGCGUAUGAUGGAAAAGAAGGAUAAGAAACAAGAAACAGUUUGGGAGACCAAGCUCAGACAACAACGUGAGAAAAAGAAGCUUAGAAAGCAUAGAUCCAAGAAUUCAUCAGAGGAUGAAGGUAGUGAUACUGAUCAAGAGGCAAUAAACGAACCAGGCGACUUUUUUGAAGACGAUUCUGACGAAGAAGAGCCCAAGAAGUCUAAUAAAGGUAAAAGUAAAAAAAGAAAUAAACAAGAAGAAGAUACUAGCGGGCAAGCUGAAGCUACAAAAAACGAGCUUGAGUUGCUACUUGCUGAUGAUGAUACCAUGGCGGCGGGUACUGGUGCUAAGGGUUAUAACUUGAAACGUAGGAAGGGUAAAGAUGGGAAAAAGAUUAAACUAACUUUAGAAGAUGACAAAAUACCACAAAUUGUUGAGGACCCCAGAUUCUCCUCCCUCUUCAGUUCCCCUGCUUUUGCUCUUGAUCCCACCGACCCACGUUUCGAAAGGAGUAGCUCGACUUAUGCUCGGUUAGUCUCGCAACAAAAAGAGAAGGCACGGGAAGUGGAGCAACUUGCACUUGUAGAACCACAAGCUGUAACGGAUGAGCAUCUAAAAUCUGAUGCUGUUGGGUCUUCUAAGAAAGAGAAGGACGAGUUAUCGGUGUUGGUUAAAAUGGUUAAGACUAAAUCGAAGCAAAUCAAAUUGCCCUCAAAUGAGAAGUCAGGUAAGAAAGAAAAGAAGGAGAAAGAUACACCGGUUGCAUCGGUGAACCGGAAAACUAAAGCUCUAAAGAAAUCAAAAUAAAAGAAAAUUGGAAACAUAAAAAUGAUAAUCAAAUUUUGGUCUAGCUCAAAUUUUGCUCGAGAACUUUGUAUUUAUAAUUAGUACAUAAAUUGUUUAGGCUAUGGAUUUUAUGAUUGUCUGAGUUUAAUAUGCAGGAAUUUUUUAUUUAUUUUAAAAUUUAUUUUAUAUUUACCUUUUAUGUAACAAUAAAGGGGUUACUAUUAAUAGAAGAAAAUUUGAGAAUUGUAGUUUAAGUAAACUUGUAAUUUCUACCAAUUACUCAAAGUGGGAUAUGAUAAUUUGUCAUGAA